CGUAGCAGUACGUCUGGCUGGCAAGGUAUCCGCCAGAGACGCCUGCCAUGACGUCGAACUGGUCGAGGGCACAGGGCACGUCGCCAACGUUGGCCUUGUACAGGCCGCGAAAGAUGCCGUACGCGCUUGCGACGGGCAGGAGGCCGCCGCCGUUGAGCACGAGCGCGGUCUUGAAUGAUUGCUUCGGCGCUGCGGCCGCUGCGGCGCGAGCGGUCGUUUUCUUGCCCUCGCGCUCCUUGGCGCGGAGCCCUUCCACGUAGGACGCCUUGGGCGCUGGGAUGGUUGGGCGCGCGACGAAGCUCAUCGAGGAAGUAGGAUUUCUAGAGCUCGCGGGCCGUGGGUGCGAGCGGCCGGCCGCGCGGCUCUUCUCCAACCCUGCGGGCGACUACGGGUCGAUGGUCAACGAGCGAGUGGGCUCGGGCGAGUGGGAGGAGGCGGACGAGCUGGGCGAGACGUGGGCGAGCCGCAACGCCUUCUCGUACGGCCGCGGCGCCGAGAAGGGACAGGCGCGCGCCGACGUGCUCGAGACGCUGCUCGCGUCGACCGAGCGCGUCGUGCAGAUGAUCGACAGCGUCGAGUAUGGGCUGACGGACAUCCAGGAGUACUAUGCCAACACGGGCGCGCUCAAGACGGCGGCGGAGGGCGCGAGGCGGCGCGCCGGUGUGGGGCAGGGAGGCGGCGGCGGUGGCGGCGGCGGCGACGGCGGCCGCGUGGGCGUGAGCGUCGUGGAGACGUUUUCGCGCGGCGCGCCCGAGCCUCGCGAGCUCGAGGCGACGUUACGGAUGGAGUACCGCUCGCGGCUGCUCAACCCAAAGUGGGCGGAGGCGAUGGCCGCGCAGGGCUCGGGCGGCGCGUACGAGAUCUCGCAGCGCUUCACCGCGAUGGUCGGCUGGGGCGCGACCGCCGGCUUUACGGACGAGUGGACGUACGAGGGCGCGUACGAGCGGUACAUUGGCGACGAGGAGAUGGCGGCCACGCUGACGCGGAGCAAUCCGGAGGCGGUGCGCAACAUGGUGCGCCGGCUGCUCGAGGCGCACGGCCGCGGCAUGUGGGAGGGGGCGAGCGACGAGGCGCUCGCGCGGCUGCGCGAGCUGUACCAGGAGGCCGAGGAUGUCAUCGAGCUGGGGGUGAGGGGGUGAGGCUCCCUCGCGUGCUCGUCCUCGGGGUGUGCGUCGCUCCACCAUUGCGCGUGGAGGUUGCGUGUCCGUGUGUCGUUGGCAUGUUGUCGCAUGACGCGUUUGCUGUACGGGGUGUGGAGGGUGAGUUGACCAGGGGGUUGUGCGCCGGGCCCUCCUGCUCGGCUCCAGCCGGUAGACAAGUCUUGUCAUCAACAGAGUAGAUGGAUCUGACCUCGGGGCCGAUGUGACCAAGCGCUGGUAGCGUGGUUUUACCUCACACCCAUGGUCUCACAGUGUGCCGGCAGUCGCCGAGCAGUGUCGCUCACACAAGCCGCAGCACAAGUGACUGAGGGCCAGUGAGGGCGAGCCCAUCGCUGUCACAGCUGUGGCAGCCGCACAGUAGGCUGUGUCAACUGUGCAGAGUGUGUGAGCAGCAGAGGAGCUGCUCUCCAGGCUUCUGUCGCAAAGAGGUGCAUGCCACCGAAGGCGCUGUCGAGGUUCGCCGAGCGCGGCGCAGGUUGGAGGAAGCCGUCACCGACGAGCGCGUUGGACUUUUCACUCCGGACAAAGACGGGGACACAGCGGACGGUGCGGGGUGUGUCCCCGUCAUAGCGGCGAGGCGCGGGACCGUCUGUGGCGAAGUGGGUCGCUUCCUCCGAUUUCCGUCAACCCAGCAUCCACACCCUUUACUACCGUUGACAGACAAGACAAAAGCUCUCGGAGUCGGGCGACUCAAGCCUCCCACAGCGCCCACGAAGGUCGAAGCACCGACAAAAUUCACUCCAGCCGCGACUCCCCCCCACCACCGCGUCGCCCACCUGGCUGGCGAGCUCGAGCAGCCGAUGCUCGUGGCCUCGCGCGGCCACCAGUGUGACGGCGAGCGGCAGGCGGCUCGCGGCGCACGUGCCCGCCGGCACGACGAGCUGAGGGAGGCCCGCGACGCCCGCCGGCCCCUGCAGCGUGAAGGUGCGCGCGCGGUAGCCAUGGGCGCCGGGGCAGUGAUGAGAAGGGUGAAGGGUGCAAGGUUUUUGAGGGUUGAGGAGGGCUAGGUGCGAUUUCUAUUAAGAGUUGACUCACACGCU